AUGUCCACAGACGAUGCAUGCCGCAUGCAUGACUUAUCUUUGGACAGCCCUGAACCUGGAGGCGAAGUUUCGGAGGGUUUGCCAAUUGGAACCACCAGAUCCAUGGAAUCGGCGCAAGACAUGAAGUUGGAUUGCGUCGCGGCCUGGUUCAAUUUUUUGCCCGCCGUGGUUAUCAUCCUGAACGUUUUGGCCAUAGGGAUCAGUCUCGAUUUCCAUCGUGGGCACAUUGUUUGGCAGAUUUUAGAAUACUUGUUCGUAGUUUUCUAUUCACUGGAGUUUGUCGUCAAGGUCCGAACUUAUGGAUGCCAUUGGUAUUGGUGCGGGCCAGAGCGCAUGUGGAACUAUUUUGAUUGGCUUUGCUUGGCGAUGAUGUAUGUGGAUUUGACUCUCACCACGGUGCUUGCGUUGGAAGGGCGCGUCGGCGCUGAAGCCCCGGAGGCCUUCUCCAAUUUGGCCCUGGUGAAGAUAUUUCGUUUGGCACGCCUCGCACGGUUGAUUCGGGCGUUGCGAUUCAAGGCGUUCAAAGAAUUGAAGUUGAUUGUGCUGGGCGUAUUUUCUGGUCUGCGCGUGAUCGGUUGGGCGAUAGUGUUGCUCAUCGCCGUGAUUUAUGCCAUCGGGGUUGUGUUGCGCAGCUUUCUCGGCGAUGAUCCCGAGCAACAGGAGUUCAGAACAGUCUUGGCUUCCAUGUUCACUUGCUUCAGAUGCUUCACAGAUGGAUGCACAGCGCUUGAUGGGACACCUCUCUCUGAAAGAUUGCGUGCUGAGUAUGGUCCUGUCUUCAUGAUUGGGUACAUAUUCAUCAUCAUGCUGAUUACGGUGGGCGUCUUUAACUUGAUUAUGGCCGUCUUCAUCGAGAACGUCAUGAGCUCACAGUUCACUCGGAAACAGAACGAGAUCUCCGAAACGGCUCUUCAGAUGGAGCUGAACAUCAAGGACCGCAUCAUUCGCAAGCUUGGCUUGCGGAGGAAAAGUUACCAGGAAUCCGCUGAUUUGAAGACACGACCAGAAGGGAUGGACUGGGUAUUGCAGGCUGGAGGCCGGAACAUCUCGCGGGAGGAGUUUGCCUCCUGGCUCGAGGACGAAAACUUCGUUCACGUGCUGGAUGAGGCGAGCAUUGAUGCGUCUGGCAGGGUUAGUCUCUUUGAUGUGCUGGACGCCGAUGGAGGUGGAGAGUUAAGCGUGGACGAGCUCGUCACCGGUCUGAUGAGUCUUCGCGGGCCUGUCACCAAGGGAGAUGUUAUCGGUAUUCACUUGAAAGUCCGCUAUUUGGUGAGCUUGAUUGAAUGUUCUGCGACACAAGAUGGUCACAUCAAGACGACGGAUCGCGCCGCGGCCUAA